CGAGAAUGUCUCAAUAUAUGGUCCCGAUAGCCAGCGGCGAGGACUGCAGCCCAGUGCGAGCCCAUGAGGGGCUUUGAAUACUACUGUACCAGGGACACAUUGAUGGGCUAAGUGCCCUGAAGUGCGGCUGAGCCCGACCCCAAUCUCCACUUUCUUCCCCACCACCCAAAACAAAACAUUCGCAAGCGUCUCACUCUCGCGGAAGUGACCAAUUUUCUGGACUCCAUGGACGAUCGAGUCAGUCGAUACCGAACUGAACCAGUCCAGGUGAUCUCCGUUGAGUCCGAGAGGCCUUCGUCUGCCCAAGAUGGCGAAAUUCAGGGGUCGUCGACGAAUAUGAACGGGGACGUCACGCUCAAUAACCGGCUACUCUAUGCUGCCGGUGAAAACGACGUGGACAGAGCCAUCGCUCUCUUGUCGCAAGGAGCGACAAUCAACUGCGUCGACAGCAGAGACGGCCAAACGCCGCUUCACAAGGGGUGUUCUAGCGGCAAUUCAGAGAUUGUCAAGUUUCUUAUCCGACGCGGUGCGGAUGUCGAUGUUCGGGAUUUUCUCGGAAACACGCCAUUGCACGUUGCUUGCUCUACGAGGAAUGAGGGUGCUGUGAAGUUGUUGAUUGAGGGUGGGGCGGAUGUUAACAAGAUGAUGAAUACCGGUGAGACGGCGCUGCAUGUGGCGAGUAAUUUCGGGGAGGUCGGGAUCCUGCGCUUGCUGCUUGAGACCGGUGUGGAGAUUGAUGCUACAGGUAAUGAUGGGCGCACACCGUUGCAUAAAGCGGCGAUAGGGGGUUCACAGGAUACGGCUGAGAUAUUGCUUCAGUUCCAGGCGGCUGUUGAUGCGGUUGAUCAUUGGGGACAGACGGCGUUACAUUUGUGUUUGAGUGGGAAAAGUGUUGGGGUUAUGGAGGUUCUGCUUCGGUAUGGAGCGGAUGUGAAUUUGGUCGAUCACGAUGGGAAUACGGUGCUGCAUAAGGUCUGCCGGUAUGGAUGGGAAGAUGUCGUGAAGCUCUUGCUCAGGUAUGGCGCAGAUGUUGACAUGAAAGGGUCUGAAGGAGUAUCGGCGCUGCAAGUAGCCAAGCAGGGGCGCAUGAAGGAGAUAGUGGACAUGCUUGCUCAAUAUUCGAAGCUCUCUGAUGAACUCGAAGCACAACGUUUGGCAUACACCAGACCUGUGAGUGAUGAUUCAGUGGACCGGCCUGUCUUUGAUUCGGUUGAAAAGGCAAGCGAAGACCCCGAGGAAGAAAGCAUAGGGAUGCAAUUGACACCCGAUUUCGACCCCAAUCUCUGGAGCGGAGUACGUCGCGACAACGGCGACGGUUUCGUCUUAGCCAGCUACAACAAACACGAUAUCAGCUUCGAUGCAAAAUUGGAGUCUAUCCGGCCAUGCGUGCACGAAGGGAGAGAGAUGCACGAGAUCCAGCUCAAGCUCAACUUCAUGCGACCAUAUUCUAUGAGCCAUCGCAUCCGGUAUGCCCAGGUUGACGCUAUUGUCAGCUCCAAUGAUGCCGCCAAGAGUCCUCACAUUCGGGAGGUUAUGCCCCAGGCAGAUCGAAUGGAGGUCUCCGAUCAAGAGAUCACUUCCGGUCAAAAGUUAACAGUUGGGGCUGCUGGCGGCGGCGGUCCAUCGAAUGUGAACAUCAGUAUGGAAGGCUCGAAGACUCGGAAGUCGACGUUCAAAGGUGUCCGAAUCAUCCACGGAGCCAUCAGAGACAGACUACAUGCUUCCUGGCGACUGUACGAGGAACCGGGGAGUAAGAGCGGGUUACCUGAAAUCGUUCGCCUGCUAUUGUUGGUGAACUGUGAGGCCGAGUUUGACAUACGGCUAAGUCUCUCCGUCAAAGCAUGUCAUCUUUUCUCCUUUGGAAUUCCACGCACGUUAACGGCCCCGGAAGGCCCCAUUUAUUCAAUACCUAAGCUGGAUGACAUCUCCGCAUACGACCAGGAGUCAAGACUGCGGCAAAUGCUGGACGUCGCAGAUCGCGCAGCUGUGAUGGUAGAAGAAGCAGAUCAACUUCGAAAGAGCUUCUUGCUAGCAAUUCGUGCUCACAAGAAGAAGCAUUUGAUCAUGCAAGCGGGAGCAAAAGAAAGCUAUGCCCAAGAAUGGGCGGAUGUCGUUGACGCGUCUAAGUCCGGCGAUUUCACAAAUUUACGUGAGAUGAUGCUAGCGAUGGAGGAGUCAGCACCAGAACCUGAGCUUGGCCGACGGAGACGCCAGGAGGAUAGGCCCGACUCACCUGCCACGCCGCGAAGGUGGCUGCCACCAGGAGAAGCGCGAUGGGAUCCUACACCAAGGGCUGAGCGACCACGGAUACUCUCCGGGUAUCUGGAACGUAAUAUGGAUCGAAGAGGCUAUAAUCCAGUGUCGCGAAAUGCCCUAGAGUCCUUCUCUGCUGUAGGACCAGGGUACAAUGUCUCUAGGUUGGCAUAAGGUAGUCGAAAUAUAAGUAUAUUUACCAUGUCUUCGAGUCCUAUAUAAGCGGUGGAAUAUUCUCCAAGCUUACUACACUAUAUCUUCUAAAUCGCUG